CAGGCAUUUUAUCAGUGUAGGCUCCACCGCUACGCGACGUGUAGACUGCAGUUUGGUCCAGUGUUCUUCAUCAGGAAGUGCAGGAAUCCCUCGGGACAUGCUACAUGUGAAUUGAUCACUGGACCCACUUAACUGGACUGUCGCACAUCAUGGCCACCGUCAACUUCUGCAGCCCCAUGCUAGCCAUGAAUGAAACAGUUUGCCACAAUGUGUCCUGCAUGUCAUUACCGCCGCCUGAACUUCCACCACUAUUCAGCUGCAGUAACUAUACAGAUCUGCCAUCAUGUGUCCGUCCCACCACUGUGCCUACAAUAAGUGUAGCUACUGCUAAUAUGACAUACGAGACUACUAUGAGCAGUUCUACUCCGUCUGGUCCUGGUAGUGGUGGAAGUACAUGUGAUGAAACAUGUAUUGUUGUAAUACUAUGCCUAUCAGGCCUACUGAUAGUAUUAAUAGCACUAGCAGUACUACUGCACAUGUACUGCAAGAAGACAGGGCUAUUCAAGAAUCGAAAGGCCCCUAGCAAAUAUGAAUGUUCGAGAGAAUUUGACCGGUCAAAUUCUGCUGAACAAAUUCUCUCUCAAGAGCAGCACAAUCACCAGCGCGUUGAAAUGCUGGAGAGCCAUCGGGAUUCUUCAAACAAGGAUAACAAUGGUUUACAUAAUGCAACAACAGUGGUAGGAAUGAAAGACCCAGAACCGGGAACAACUCCAGAAAUGAGUGUCUACCUUUGAAGGAACCAGAGCCCAAUUUCAUGGCACUGCUUACCGCCGAUUUUUGUGCUUACGAUCUCCACUCUCCGCUUACAGUGCAAGCCCUAAAUGUGUGCCCUAUCCUUGAAAGCGUGAAAUGCCUGUAACGUGGAUUACGCGCUAACCCGUGACAUACGCUUGCCGAUAGCACAGAAUUCUCUGCUUCCGUAAAGCGCCGAUUCUGUGCUUAUGGUCAGCAGAGCAAUGAAAUUGGGCCCAGAUUGUUCGUGGUGGGCUGCAUGAAGUGCAGGGUGAUGACAACCGGGUGUAGGAAGCUUUCAAGAUGGCAAUGAAUUUAAAACGUUUAUUGAAUGACAUGCAACCACUUGUCAGAUUCAAAUUUUUGUAAUUUAUAAAUAGUUGUUUUCCAUAUAAACUGUGAAAAGUGAAAGUUUUGCUCAAAAAGCAUUUAUGGGACACUUGGUUCGGUUGAGUUAGCCCAUGAGAAGCUUUUGAAACCGUUUGUUAUAAAAUGCAUAUGGUUAGAAAGAUGUAAAUAAUAGUGAUUUAUAUAUUUUUAUCAUAUAUUGUUAUGCUCUAUAAUGAAUCAAAUUAUUUUCAAU